AGUCAGAGGCCAAGUCAGAGGCUACCGGGUGAAGCAGAGGCUCUGGAACGAAAGAGAUGUAAACUUUUGAAAGCGCUCGAAACGGUGGCUAGUUUAGGCGAAGAAGACGACUCCACAGUCGAAAAAGAAGUGUGCAAUAGUUGCAAAAGCAACAAAAAAAGAAUGCUAGAAUUGGAAGAAGAAUCCUCCACUUUGACAAGGAGACUCCAAAAGUACAAGAGAAAAAUAGAACGACUGCGCAAUCUUGAACAGGCACCAACCGUUGGUGCUCCAAGGGUUGAUAUUGGGCUCGGCGUCGUCAUGGACGCAGGGGUGUUGCACAGAGUGGAGGCUGGGGCCAGAGGAGAUGGAACGAAGCUUGCCAGAUCUCUCCUGCGAGCAGUUUUCCAUCCCGACGAACUGGUGGGGAACACCCUUCUGGGGGGCAAGUGCAAUGCGCACAAAGCGAAACCUGCGAAGCCGGCGCUAGACCAGACAUUGGCAAACGCCGUUAUUGGCUACGCUUGCAAGAAAACUGGUACGGAUCCCGUGCGGGUCAAGGCUAGCCUGGCUACAAUGUUAGCAAAAAUGAAAUGAUGUAAACUAGGAAAAUAAACUGUA